GUUAACCCGGAAAAGUACAAGGGAAUCGUAACUGGAUUCCGUACCACAGUGCGCGAAGAGGGAGGUCGCGCUCUUGCCAAAGGGUGGGCUCCUACCGCCGUUGGUUACUCGCUUCAAGGACUGGGAAAAUUCGGUUUUUACGAAAUCUUCAAGAAUGUUUACGCGGAUAUGCUUGGAGAGGUGAGCUUUUUCUGCUUUAUUUAUAGGACGCUUGAUUUACUAAAUGGUUUGAUUUUUAGGAGAAUGCAUAUCUUUAUCGAACGUCUCUUUACCUAG